AUGGCGGACGCGCUGGUUGAAAACACCGCGAAGCUUCAGCUCGACGAGGAGACCGGCGAGAUGGUCUCCAAGAACGAGCUGAAGAAGCGGUUGGCAAAGCGCGCUAAGAAGGCGGCAGCUAAAGCGAACCCCAAGAAGCCUGCUGCCCUGAAACCCCAGACCGAGGCAGCUCCCAAGCCUGCUGAGGAAGCCCCGCUUGAUCCUGAUGCGAUGUUCAAGCAGGGCUUCCUGGCGAAUGUCUUUCGCGAACGUCCUACAAAGCCCGUCCUUACUCGAUUCCCCCCUGAACCUAACGGAUACCUUCAUCUUGGUCAUUGUAAGGCGAUUGCGGUGAACUUUGGAUUUGCGCGCUACCAUGGCGAUUUUGAGGCCGAGGAAGAGAAAUACUUUACAGCAAUCGAGGAUAUUAUUCAGUGGCUAGGAUUUAAACCUCACUCCAUCACUCACUCGAGCGACCACUUCCAGAAACUUUACGACCUUGCCGAGAAGCUCAUCAAGAUCGGGAAAGCUUACGUUUGUCAUUGUAGUGACACGGAGAUUAAAUUGCAGCGCGGAGGUGAAAAGGGAGGCGCGAGAUACCGUUGCAAGGAUGCGGAGCAGGAUAUCGAUACGAACCUGAAGAAAUUCCGGGAUAUGCGGGACGGAAAAUACGAACCCCAGACUGCAUUUUUGCGGAUGUUCCAAAAUAUAGAAUCACCCAACCCCCAGAACUGGGAUCUUGCUGCGUACCGCGUAUUGAAGAAAGAACAUCAUCGGACCAAGGACCAGUGGUGUAUUUACCCCACGUACGACUUCGCUCACUGCCUUUGCGAUAGCUUAGAGGGGAUCACACACAGUCUCUGCACAACGGAGUUUGUCUUGUCCAGAGAGAGCUAUGAGUGGCUGAACUCAACGUUGGAGGUUUACGAGCCAAUGCAGCGCGAGUAUGGUCGUCUGAAUGUCAGCGGAACAAUCAUGAGCAAGAGAGGACUCAAGAAGCUGGUUGAUGGUGGUUACGUUCGUGCCUGGGAUGAUCCACGACUAUACACUGUCAUUGCUCUACGCCGUCGUGGUAUCCCCCCCGAGGCGAUUUUGUCCUUUAUCAACGAGCUUGGCGUGACGACUGCCAAGACUGUUAUCCAGAUUUCCCGCUUCGAACAGUCAGUUCGUACCUACCUUGAACCGCGUGUGCCCCGUCUCAUGCUCGUUCUUGACCCUCUCCCGGUCGUUAUCGAGGACAUUGAGACCCUUGAGGCCGAUCAGCUUGACCUCGACAUUCCGUUCUCCCCUAAAGAUCCCGCCAUGGGUUCCCAUCAUGUUCGCCUGACCAAGACCGUGUAUAUUGACCAGUCUGAUUUCCGCGAGGAGGACAGCAAGGGCUAUUUCCGGUUGGCGCCAGGUAAGAAUGUUGGACUGUGGAAGUGCCCUUACCCCAUCAAGGCUACGACCUUCACAAAGGAUGCCAGCGGAAAGGUCACAGAAGUCCGCGCAGUGUUGGAUAGAGAUGGACCAAAGCCCAAGACCUACAUCCAUUGGGUGCCCGAAGGGUCCCGGAAGGUCGAAGUCCGGAUCCACGAGGCGCUGUUCAAGUCAGACGACCCCACUGCCGUCGAAGGCGGGUUCCUCGCGGAUAUUAACGCCAACAGCGAGACUAUUUACAAGGAGGCAUUGAUCGAGCCAGGCUUUGAGGAGGUCCACCGCCGCGCUCCUUGGCCGGAAGCUGCGGGAGAAAAGAGCAAGUCUGGUCCCGAGAGCGUUCGUUUCCAGGGCAUGCGUGUUGCAUACUUUGCAAUGGAUUCUGAUUCCACCGAGGAUCACGUUGUGCUGAAUCGGAUUGUGUCACUGAAGCAGGACACCGGAAAGAGCGCCUGA